AUGGCCGGGGAGCGCGCCCUGCUAGCGGCUCGCCAGGGCGACCUGGAGGCGCUGAGGGCGCUGCUGCCUCCGCCCGCCGACCGGGGGGUCCCGCUGCUGCCCCCCGCCGCCCUCCGGGACCCGCUGGGCGCCUCGCCGGUGCACCACGCCGCCCGCGCCGGGAAGCUGCGCUGCUUGCGCUACCUGGCGGAGGAUGCCGCGCUGGGCGCGCAGGGGCGGGCGCGCAACGGGGCCACCCCGGCCCACGACGCCGCCGCCACGGGCCACCUGGCCUGCCUGCAGUGGCUGCUCGGCCCCGGCGGCUGCCGCGUCCAGGACACGGAUAAUUCGGGCGCCACCGUCUUGCACCUGGCCGCCCGUUUCGGCCACCACGAGGUCAUCGAGUGGCUCCUGCGUUUCGGGGGCUGCGACCCCCUGGUGCCCACCGAGACGGGCGCCUUGCCCGUCCACUACGCUGCCACAAAAGGAGAUUUCCCUUCGCUGCACCUGAUCCUCGGACACUCUCCCGGUUCGGUCAACGCCCAAACCAAGAACGGUGCCACCCCCCUUUAUUUAGCCUGCCAAGAGGGUCACUUGGAGAUUGUCCAGUACCUGGUCAAGGACGGCGGGGCCGACCCUCACCUACGCGCCAACGACGGGAUGACGCCCCUCCACGCCGCGGCUCAGAUGGGCCACAACACCGUCAUUGUGUGGCUGAUGAGUUUCACCGACAUCAACCUGUCGGAGCAAGACGAAGACGGGGCCACGCCAAUGCAUUUUGCGGCCAGCCGGGGCCAUGCCAAAGUCCUGAGUUGGCUGCUCUUACACGGAGGGGAGAUUGUGGUGGACAAGUGGGGAGGCACCCCCCUGCACGACGCCGCAGAGAACGGGGAGCUGGAGUGCUGUCAGAUCCUCGUGGUGAACGGCGUCGACCUUAGCCAGCGCGACCAGGACGGCUACACAGCCACGGAUCUUGCCGAUUACAACGGCCACUUGCAGUGCGCCAAGUACCUGCGGACGGUGGAAAACAUGAGCGUGGAGCACCGGGUGCUGUCCCGAGACCCCUCAGCCGACAUGGAACUCAAACAGCCGGAUUCCGGCCUCUCCUCACCCCACACCACCGUCUCGGCCCCCCAGACCCACUUCGACAUGGGGUCCCCGAGCAGCAUCUUCUCCAACUACGAUUCCUCGCACUCAAGUCAGUCCAGCACAGGAGAGAAGAGGAAUUACACAGGGCCACGUAAGCAACCAUCGGGGGGGGCCGAAACGGCACUCACCGAUAUGCAGACCUAUAUGGACAUGCUAAAUCCAGAGCUGGCCCCGGGUCCCGCAAAGACGGGGGGCCAAACCUCUCUACCCCCACCUCCAAAUUUCCCGGCGCCUUCUCCCCCCUCCCACCCCAAGAGUCUCCCUCCACCCCCUGGCUACCCGGCACCGAACCCCCCCGAAAUGCCUCCCACCGCCGAGAUUUACGUACAAGCCAAAAAUAACCUUCGGCACGUGGACAGCGAAACCCUCAAACAACAGCUCACCUGCCAGCAGCAGCAACAGCAGCAGCUGCAACGGACCGACUCCAGCAGGCGAUCCAGAAGAUUCAGCAAGCGGCCGAGCACGGGGGAUUACUACAAGCGUCUGGAGAGCGGAGGAGGCACGGAGCAGAGCAGGAGAACGUCCAGGAUGGCCCACAGCGAGGAGGCUUCACUUCUCUCCAGCGAGAAAGUGCAAAACGGAAGCGGGGCGGAGAAGACCCCAAGCGGAGGGGCCCCUCCCCCGCCUCCCCCCCUGCCCGAGGGGGGCUGCUCCCCACCUCCCCCUCCUCCCCUGCCUGCGGAGCACACCCCUCCCUCAACCGGCCAGCGAAGGUCCUCCUCUUCCACUGGAAGCACCAAAUCUUUUAACAUGAUGUCCCCAACGGGCGAUAAUUUGGAGCUGCUGGCCGAAAUCAAGGCUGGGAAGAGUCUGAAGCCCACCCCUCAAAGCAAGGGGCUCACCACCAUCUUCUCUGGCUGUGGCCAAGCUGGAGGCAGCGUGGACUUCCCUACGACUUCCUCAUCCCCCGCGGGGACGCCAACACCACCGUCUACUCCCGAGGAAGGCUCCGGAUCCAGAGCUUCCGCCUCGCCUAAGCCGGAGAUCAAUGGUUCCAUGACACUCUUCGGGACCCCAACCGGCCACACGGACCUGGAGGGUCUGAUCCCCACGCUCGACGAGCAGGGGAGACCCAUCCCGGAGUGGAAACGGCAGGUGAUGUUGCGCAAGCUGCAGAUGAAGGUUCAGGAAGAAGAAGAGCAGAGACGCAAGGAAAGGGAAGAAGAGGCCCGCCUGGCUGGCAUGCCAGCUUGGAGAAGGGAUAUGUUCCGGAAAAAGACGGAAGAGGAAAGGUUGCAAAAACGACGGGAGGAAGAAAAACUGCGGCGGAUGGAGGAGAAGAAGGAGAAGGAACAAGUGGAAAAACUAAAGACUCUCGGCUUUGACGAGAACAAACUGACGCCGUGGCAAAGGCAGCUGAUCCUCAAGAAAGGAGAUGUGGCAAAAUAUUAA